AUGGUAGAAGGACCGGGUUGUACCUUAAAUGGAGAGAGGAUUCGUGCGCAAGUGGUCCCGGGCCAGACAGUGAUGGACGUGCGGGGAAGCGCUCUUCAAGGCCUGGAGGACCCGGGGUUGCCACACGCAGUCUCUGUGGUUGUGAGUUCUUCUCACGCUGCUGCACUGAAUAAUAAAGAUUCCAGACAGAAUUUCUUGACACUGGUUCAUGGAUAUGCUUAUAGUGGUGUGGAAACUUUGGGAAAGGAGCUCUUUAUGUACUUUGGGCCAAAAGCUUUAAGGAUUCACUUUGGAAUGAAAGGCUCCAUCUUGAUUAAUCCACCUCAGUAUAGAAAUAAAAAUGGAGUAGUUCCUGUUUUUGAAGUGCAACUCACCAAAGAUUUGAUUUGUUUCUUUGAUUCAUCGGUAGAACUCAGAAACUCAAUGGAAAGCCAACAGAAAAUAAGAAUGAUGCAAGAAUUAGAUGUGUGUUCACCUAAAUUUAGUUUCUCAAGAGCAGAAAGUGAAGUUAAAAAGCAGAAAGAUCGGAUGCUAUGUGAUGUGCUAAUGGAUCAGAAAGUGUUGCCUGGGGUAGGAAACAUCAUCAAAAAUGAAGCUCUCUUUGACACUGGUCUUCACCCAUCUGUUAAAGUUUGUCAGUUAACUGAUGAACAGAUCUUUCACCUUGUGAAAAUGAUACGUGAUUUCAGCAUUCUCUUUUACAGGUGCAAUAAAUCAGGAUCUGCUGUCUCUAAACAUUAUAAGGUUUAUAAGCGUUCUAAAUGUGGUCAGUGCCACUGCAGAAUAAUUGUGUGUCGCUUAGGGGAAAAUAACAGAAUGACAUAUAUCUGUCCUCAGUGUCAAAAAGAAAAUCCUCAACAUGUUGAUGUAAGAAAGCUGCCAUCUAGAAAUACUGUCAUGAGUUGGACAUGUAGCAGGAGGGAUGUUAUGGAGUCUGUGGCUCGGAAAUCUGAAGAGCAGUGGACGUGUAUGGUCUGUACACUAAUCAAUAAGCCUUCUUCUAAGGCAUGUGAUGCUUGCUUGACUUCAAGGCCAAACGAUUCAGUACCUAAGAAUGAAGAAAAUUCUAUUGCCUUUAAUAACUUAGUGAAGUAUCCUUGUAAUAACUUUGGAAAACCAAAUACAGAAAUGAAGAUCAAUAGGAAAACUGCUUUUGGAACUACAACCCUUGUCUUGACUGAUUUUAGCAAUAAAUCCUGUACUUUGGAAGGAAAGAAAAGCCAAAACCAGAUACUAGAUGGGGAAUUUCAAAACUCUCCUCUCACUAAUGUUUGUUUUAGUGAUACAGAGCACCCCUCCAAAGAGAGAACGAACUAUAUAACUCAACUAUCUAACAAAGUAAACAUAUCACCAACGGUCGGCUCUCAGUCUAAAUUAUUUAGCCCAGCACAUAAAAAAUUGAAAACAGCCCACUCAUCACCAGAUCUCAAAAGUUGUAAGCUUGGAUUUUCAAACAGUGAACUUCCAAUUAAUGUGACAGAUGGUGCUUGUGCAUUAAACGCUGGCAGUCGUCGCUGCAGUAUACACAACCGCCUCUGCGUUCUCCGAAUUGUAAGGAAGGAUGGUGAAAACAAGGGCAGGCGGUUUUAUGCUUGUCCUCUACCUAGAGAAGCGCAAUGUGGAUUUUUUGAAUGGGCAGAUUUGUCCUUCCCAUUCUGCAACCACGGCAAACGCUCCAUCAUGAAAACAGUAGUGAAGAUUGGACCUAAUAAUGGAAGGAAUUUUUUUGUGUGUCCUCUUGGGAAGGGAAAACAGUGCAAUUUUUUCCAGUGGGCAGAAAAUGGAUCAGGAAGAGAAAUUAUUCCAGAAUGCUAAUAUUUUUUUCUUCUGUAAAAUCUCUGACAUUUACGCUCUCUAAGCUGUGUAUAAUGUUUAGUGCCCUUUUAUUUAGUAGAAGGUUAUAAAAUAUACAUAGUACACUGUGAAGUUACUG